CGCUAUGUUCAAAUAUAUACAGGAACAGGGCAUUAAAUAACGGAUAAUUUGUCUGUGUAUCAAAGUAUAACAUUGUAAAAUAACAUGGCCUAUGAAAAAGAUCUGCGUGCGAUGGAGACAUAUAAAGAGGGAAUUAUACAAGCUGCAAGAAAUAACAAUCUAGAACCUUCUCUGAUUGCAGGUAUUGCAAGCCGCGAAAGCAAUGGCGGUAGGGCAUUGGACAAAGACGGGCUUGGUGACCAUGGAAACGGUUUCGGUAUAAUGCAGGUUGAUAAGCGGCACCAUACACCGAUUGGCGGACCUUACUCCAACGAGCAUAUAAACCAGGGUGCUACUAUCCUGCGAAACUCAAUCAAUGCAGUGGAGAAAAAGUUUCCUACCUGGUCUCCUGACUUGCAACUGCGCGGAGGGGUGGCGGCGUACAACUUUGGGGUCAGCAAUGUACGAACCCCUGAUGGGAUCGAUAGAGGAACAACAGGCAAUAACUAUUCAGCUGAUGUUAUAAAACGAGCGGAGUAUUUCAAACAGAACGGUUACUAAAUUGAUGAAAAAUCGCCCAUAUAAACACGUAUGCCUUUACGCAGCACAAAAAAGCGCUUAAGUCCAUAUAUUCAGAAGUGUUUAUUUAAAAUAUUAUUAACUCAUCAUGACUAAAUAUCAUUGCUUUCGUGUUCUCUAGCUUUUAAAUUGCAAGUGUUAGAGUCGUCGCAUAAAAUCAAAUAAAACAUGAGCUGUUCAACUUGA